CCACGCCCGAGGGCGCUCCGCCGCCGCCGGCGUCCAUCCGGACCGCGGGCGAGGGUGCAUCCCCUGACGCGGAUGCUCGUACUCGACGACAGUUGAAGUGGCUUGCCGGCAGCAGCGGCGGGGCGGCGACCGAGGGCGGGGAUCUUCCGUACAGCAGUACGGAAGAGGCUGCCAGAUCCACCCGUACACGAUUAGGCGAGCAGGAGGAUCAGGCUCAGGUGCGGUUAGACGUAGAUGCCGCAGACGAGGAGGACGCUGAUGCGGACGGGCUUCAUAGGCAGGCAGCAGCGGCAGGCGCAGGAGGAGGGGCAGGAAGCAGUGAAGCAGCGCCGCAAGCGGGAGAGGACGGUGGAGACGGUGGGUUCGACUUGGUGCGGCUGUGCGCUACGUUCUCGGUGGACCCAUCCGUCAUGGCUUUCGCGCAGCACAUUAAGGCCAUGCGCGACCUGUGGGUGGUGGAGGAGGCCGCAGCGGCGGCGGCGGAGGAGGACAGGAGGUUGACGGGUCGUACUACCAGCGGUGGCGGCGGCAGCCGACAUGACGUCAGCGGCAUGCGUCGCGGUCUGGUGCUCUUGGCUUCGGAACCUCGCGAGCAGGAGGAAGACGUUGAGCCGAAGGACAGCAGAAGCAGAGGCAACAUUGGUGGUGGUGGUGGUGGUGAGAAGGAGGAGGAUGCGGGGCGUAGGCGGCGGCUGCUUGUUAGCCGGUGGCAGCGGCGGCAGCGGCAGCGGCGGCGAGGUCAUGGCGCGGACCUCCUGUCCUUUUGCUACAGUGCGCUGUACGAAUGCAUCACAGGGGAGAAGACCGCCGCGCUGCCCUUGUACCUGCACCUGCACUGCCUGGUGCACAGGGCUGCAGGGGACGCAGCGCUGGAUUCCCUCACCGCCCGCAUCCGGUCUACACCAUCCAGCAGUGGGGGCGCCUUGAACAGCGGCCUGGUGGAUGGCAGCGGUCUGGAUGCGAGUCAGCUGGUGCUCGGACCCAUGGGUCGGUCGCACCCAUGCAGCUUGCUGACGGGGCCCUCCGUUCCGCUGACGGCGGCGCUGCAGGGGCUUCAGCUGGCCCGGUCGUACUACAGCGGGCCGCUGGCGGCGGCGGCGGCCACUGCAGCAGCGGCGACGGGUGACGUCGUGUUUACGGAUUUGGACGAGCAAGCGCUUUGGAGGCCGCUGCUGCAGCCGGCGUUUCUUGAAAGCCUCUGGUGUGCGUUGCAGCACCGCCGCUGGCGGCCGCUGGGGCUGCUGCCUCAGCCGGGCGGCGCGCCGCCGGCGUCAAGAGGCAUGAGCGCUGGCGUUGGUGUGGGUGCUGCUGGUGGCGGCGGCGUCAGGCCAGCAGCAGCGGCGGCGGUAGCGGCGGCCCCGGUUGGCAGUGCGUUGGGCGUGUACCUGCGGAAAGGCCACAUGCCGGGUGCCGCUGACUUUGAUGCUGUUGUGACAGGCAUCUCCCGGCUAGUUCCCGAGCCCGAGCUUCAGUCGGAGCUGGCUCGCUGUCUGGCGCUGCACCACCUGCCCCCGCUGGCGGCAGUCAGCACCGCCUUGGAGCAGCUGCGCGCGCUGCCGGUGUGGCCGCAGGUGCGGGAGCUGGUGGCGGCGGCCGCAGCCGCAGCGGGCGGGGCCGGCGGGGCGGCGGCAGGGUGCGGUGUGCCCCCCUCCCUGGCGCUGUUGCCGCUGCUAUCGCUGGUGCUGCCCGGGGUGCCGCAUGAGGCGCUGCUGCUGCUGGCGGCGGCAGCGCCCGUGUGAGGGAGGCGGGGAAAGAGGAAGGGGCACAGGGGUUCACCUGGAGGAGAGAGGCUUUGGUGGGGCUCUGUAUUUGGCGGGUGGUUGUGAAGUCCACGCGCGUGGGUUUUGUUUGCGCUGGUGCGGAUGCCAUGCCAUCAUGUGUGAGUAAGAAGCGCUUUCGGGUAGGCUGUAGCGGUCUAGGUCAUGUGCGUGAUAGUGUUGUGCCGAAUGAGGUUGUGCAACAGGUCCCUGCACCAUGCACUGCAGGAGGCAGGUUGUGCUUUACAUUAAGAUACGGCGACGACCGCUGUGGAAGAGGAUGGUAGGAGGAAGAUACCGGCAGGGGGAUUUGACUGGUGCCAGUCAACUGCCUAAUUACAUGGAGUAGGCUUAGGGUAGGCUGAGAGUAGCAGGCGUUGCGAACACCUACUGUUGCGGUGAUGUGUUCUGGUUGCUGCCCAGUAGCCGGUGGCAGCUGUGGCAGGCACGCUGGGGUAAGACUUCAGGUGUGUAAGAGUGUAAGGAUGGGGAUGACGGGCACGUUUGGGUACUGGGACGAACCCUGAACGUUACAACCCAUACAAGGGCGUUCGGGGCUUGAGCCGCGGUCUGAGUUCUCGGUGGCACGUUGGACAUGCAAGUGGACACCCCACUACUUGGCAAUAACUGCUACUCCUUUGAACCGGCUUCCGCCGGAUUCGUGCAACCAGC